CGGACAUCCCUGAUGGUGUAUGGAUAGGUCAGUCAGAGUUAUUGGGCAAUAUAGAAAGCGAACAUGGCUGCGCCCACAGGACCGAGAGGAUCAUCUGCCGACAACCCGACCGGGUUUGAAGGUUUUCCGUUUGCAGCGGCCGCGAAACCACCGGAGGACAGCUCCGGUAAAGAGCAGGAGCAGACCGGGGGUGUGAAAAAGAAGCCAUGCAGAGCUUGUACGGACUUUAAAUCAUGGAUGAAGAUCCAGAAGAAACAGACGGCAGCUGCUGUACAGGAGACCCAAGCUGCAGAGGUGGAGCCACAAGACCCACAAUGUCCAUUGGACAGGGGAGAGUUGGGGCGUAACACCUGGUCCUUCCUGCACACUAUGGCAGCGUAUUACCCUGAUCAACCAUCUUCUACCCAGCAGCAAGAGAUGGGGCAGUUCAUCAACCUUUUCUCCAAAUUCUUCCCAUGUGAUGAAUGUGCAGAAGACCUUAGGGGCAGAUUGAAAACCAAUCAGCCGGACACCAGGAGUCGCCAUGCUCUUUCUCAGUGGCUCUGUCAUAUUCACAAUGACAUCAACGUCCGGCUGGGCAAGCCUGAGUUCGACUGCUCCCGUGUGGAUGAGAGGUGGAAAGAUGGAUGGAAAGAUGGUUCCUGCGACUGAUGGAUGGAUGCGCGAGGACUGAGCUGAGACCUGAGAAGAGAAAUUCUUUGUUUCAGUUCAAAACUUUUGAGUGGGAACACCACAAAGUUGGAGCUCACAUCUCUAUUGUGGAGAAACUUUACGUGAAGAGAGAUAGGCCAUGUGGUACAUUUCAAAUUCUUGUUUUGUGAUCAGUUGAUAAAACUGAUGGUAAAAAAAAUUAAAGAUACAAAACGAAUAAGUAUCCCUCUCUGGUUAGAACCAAAACUCAUCAACCUUAAUUCCGGUUAUUGGCAAGUUUUGUGUGAAAUAGAAAACAUAUUUUUGACCAAUGUAGCCCUGAUUUGUCUGUUAAAGCAGUAAGUUAGGGAUAUAUAUAUUUUACGUAAUGAUGAUGAUUACAGAAUGUUUUUUCACUGUAAUAUCACUGUUUGUGUUGUUGGGUGGUAUACUUGCGGAGUAUGUUAAUUUAUUUGCAUAAUUUAGUGCUGGAAUAGGUAAUUAGGUCAUUUUCUAUUUACAAUCAUGAUUGAUCAUUUGUCAUUAAAUUAAACAUUAUAUUGUGUUACUUAAAGCUUCUCAAAAGUUCUAAUUUACUUGUGUUUCUCUAUUUUAUGUCACUGUAAAUUGCUUUUUGGCUGUUGGUUGGACACAAUAAGCUCUUUAUAAGACACACUUUGGGCUCUGGAAAUAUGUCAUUAUGUUGUUUCAUGUAAUACAAAUCCAUAAAAGUAGAUAAUAGAUUAGCAGACUAAUGGAUAAUUAAAACUCCUUGUUGUGCAGCGCCA